AUGGGAAGUGUAUUGGAUGAGGGUGACACGGCCCUAGCAAGGUUUGACUUUUGUUUAGAUAUACAUGUCAAUCUUCCCAUGAGAGAAUUUUAUACAGAGAUGAAAGUUAUUGGGAGAACGCAUCACAAAAACCUUGUUCGUCUACUGGGUUAUUGCCAUGAUGGACCCAACAGGCUUUUGGUGUAUGAGUACAUGAGUAAUGGGUCGCUUGCAGAUAUACUCUUGACGCCUGAGACACAACCUUCUUGGGAUGAGAGAAUGGAAAUUGCUCGCAAUAUAGCAAGAGGACUUCUUUAUCUCCACGAAGAGUGUGAGCCACAAAUCAUUCAUUGCGAUAUAAAACCCCAGAACAUACUCAUGGAUGAAAAUAGACGCCCGAAAAUCUCUGACUUCGGACUCGCAAAGUUGCUGAAAGUAGAUCAAACCAAAACCUUUACCGACAUUAGAGGGACAAAAGGAUAUGUUGCCCCAGAAUGGCAUCGAAAAAUGCCCGUGACAGUCAAAGUAGAUGUGUACAGCUUUGGAAUUGUGCUGCUAGAGAUCAUAUGUUGUCGAAAAAGUGUGGACCAUAAUCUUCCAGAGGAAGAAGCUAUUCUUGAAGAAUGGGCAUACCAAUGCUUUGAGAGUGGUGAGCUUGGUAGACUAGUGAAUAAUGAAAAAGUUGACAAGAGACAAUUGGAGAGAAUUGCUAAAGUUGUAUUUUGGUGCAUUCUAGAUGAACCCUCACUCCGCCCUUCAAUGAAGAAAGUUCUACUCAUGUUGGAAGGGACUGUUGAUAUUCCGGUCCCUCCAAGUCAGACUUCUUUUCUAAGUACCCUCUGAAAUGUGUUGGAUAUUCCAAAUUUCCAAUUCCUGCGAAUUGUCUUCUAAAAUGUGUUUGAACUUGGAUUAGUCUAAAAAAAUAACUCUUGUCUAGCGACAUGUCUUAGAUACAAGUUGUGUGUGUUUUGUUACUUCGAAUGUAUAUUUGGGUAUCUGUCUAUCUCUA